GUACACGGAAUUCACGCAGCUACAGCGUUAAGAAGAAGGGCUGAUAGGAAAGUGACGACUAUUCCAUCCGAUGAUGAAAUAGUUAACUACGAACAUGAUAACGAAGACCCGACAUCAGAAGUGGGAUUAGUCCAGCCUAACACUAAUGCUGACUCAUGUUGCGUCGAUUUAGAAAAGCAAAUCAGAGAUCUCAAGGAAAUGGUCGCAAUGCUAAGUACUCCAUUGCGGGCACCAUCUAAUGCAAAACAAGUUUGUCUGCCAAAAUUUAAUCCAGAUACACCUAGUGCAGAUGCCUUCUCCUGGCGCACGACGGUUGGCUUAAUUAUUGCAGAUAAUGCUCUACAAGGUAGCGAUCUCGUUAUGUCGCUUAGUCGAGCUCUGGAAGGCAGCGCUUCGCAGUGGCUGGAACAAGUAAGCUUUGCUGGCAUGACGUGGGCGCAAUUUCAGGAAUUGUUCAUUCUGCGCUUCGAAGGAUUGGAGACAAAAGCUACAACACUGGUGAAUCUCUUCAGUGGCGCUCCCAAGGAGGGUGAAAACUUGUGCGUUUACAGCAGUCGUUUGGUCACUUCGCUGUUAACCAAAUGGAGAUCUACGGAUGUUGAAGAAAUUGCAGUUUCUGUUGUUUUGGCUCAUCUUGCACAAAUCGACAAGAAAUUAAGUAAGCUGCUAUUUACCAAAGAGAUUAAAACCAGAGGAGAACUUCAUGCG